AUGACUUCAACCAAUCCUCUCCUCUUGCCCCUCUCCAAACUCUCAGUCCUCUCCUCUCGCCCCUCCCUAAACUCUCAGUCCUCUCCUCUCGCCCCUCUCCAAACUCUUUGUCCUCUCCUCUCACCCCUCUCCAAACUCUCUGUCCUCUCCUCUCACCCCUCUCCAAACUCUCAGUCCUCUCCUCUCACCCCUCUCCAAACUCUCAGUCCUCUCCUUUCACUCUUCUUCAAACUCUCAGUCCUCUCCUCUCACCCCUCUCCAAACUCUCUGUCCUCUCCUCUCGCCCCUCUCCAAACUCUCAGUCCUCUCCUUUCACUCUUCUUCAAACUCUCAGUCCUCUCCUCUCACCCCUCUCCAAACUCUCAGUCCUCUCGUCUCUCCCGUCUCUAA